AGAGAGAGAGAGACAAGUUUUUUCCUAGUAGAAGAGAGAGCAAUGCAGACGAGAACAGUUCAAGUAGGGCAUGUAUCAGAUCUUGCAGGAGAAAGAGAAAUUCAGGAAUUUUUCUCUUUUUCUGGAGAUAUCGAACACAUUGAGAUCCAAAGAGGUGCUGGGCAAUUGAAGACUGCAUUCGUCACUUUCAAAGAUCCGAAAGCACUGGAAAUCGCAUUGCUAUUAUCUGGAGCAACCAUAGUUGACCAGAUUGUGAGCAUAACUCCUGUAGAAAACUAUGUACCGAAAGUUGAGGAAGUAAGGAUUGCAGACAAUGCCAUGAGUAUUGCCUUUGCUGGAGACUCCGGACUGAAUGCUGAGACUAUAAGUAGUUCUCCACGGGUAUAUGUCAGUAAAGCUCAUGAUGUUGUCACAAGUGUGUUGGCUAAGGGUUCAGCCAUUCGGCAAGAUGCCGUGAAUAAGGCUAAAGCAUUUGACGAGAAGCAUCAGUUGAGAGCUAAUGCAUCUGCUAAAGUCAUUUCAUUUGAUAGGAGAGUUGGACUUACAGAGAAAUUAACAGUUGGCAUCUCUAUGGUUAAUGAGAAAGUGAAGUCUGUUGAUCAAAAGCUGCAUGUAUCAGAUAAAACAAUGGCUGCAUUAACUGCAGCUGAGAGAAAGUUGAAUGACACAGGAUCUGCUGUAACACAAAGCAGGUAUGUAGUUGCUGGAACAGCUUGGUUUAGUGGUGCUUUCAACAAGAUGGCAAAGGUUGGGCAGGUAGCAGGUACAAAAACUAGAGAAAAGUUCCAAUUUGCUGUGUCAAACUUGACUGCAAAGGAUCCUCCCAUAGCCGUGUAAUCCAGUGAUUUCAUUGUGGCACAAAGUUAGCUGUCAUAUGAGGAAGCCAAUUGACCACCCUACUCUGCUUAUCUGCAAAACCAGGGGGAUGAAUGUCAAGGUGCAUUUGGAAAGGAGGGGGAAGAAUUUAUGAUUUCUCCAAUUUGAGUGUUGAUUUUGUAGUUUAUAUACUAUGUGGACUUAGAUUAGUAAUUCAUUUUAUUGUUUCUUGCCCUCAUAGAUAGGGUGGUGUUUACUGUGUAAACUGGGGCUGUCUUUGUUUUCCAUUUUUAUUGUUUGGAUUAUCCAAAAAAAUUAAAAAGAAGAGGGGG